CAAACCUUCUUCUUUACCAACUUAUUCUUCCUAUCUUCAUGCGUCUGAAAAAGCAACAAGCUGAGCGGCAACGCUUGUCGCGGUUUAAACUUGUAGGCGGUUAUAGGCGCGCGCCUAAAUGAACCGAAACAGGCUAGCGUUAUCAUUCCUGAGCUUCAUCUACGCUCUCAGACUUCGCGACUUGCUCCAAAACAAGAAGUUCAAUCAACACACAUUGCUCGUCACCGCUAUCAGCUCAGCGAUUAAGGCUAACUAGCUAGCUUUUACUUUAUUUUCUCUAUGUAGCAUUCACUUUUUCCUUUUAAGCUAUCGCUCAUUGCAGGUAGUAAAUAGGCUCCCCUUCUGAGCCUCUCCGACGUUAUCGCCAUUUUCUCCAAGGUCGCAGAGCCAUUCAGCUCCACCUCCCCUGUCACCCACGGUCACUCCUCGUCGAUAACCCACAAUUUCGGCUCCUACGCCUCCUACUAAAUUAAUACUACUUGAUUUCUCCAGUUAGAAUUAGUAUACAAAACGCUCCCGGAUUUAGCAUUCGUGGCCUUGGGACCUGCCGCUGGGAUCAAAAGUCGCCAUGGCUCUGCCUUUCGACAAUCUCGCGGAGCAGAUGUCCCAGCUGGACACUGCUAGGAAUGUUGUACUUGGCGAUGCGGCUUUAUAUCCUCAGAUCGUUCAGGGCAUACUUCCAAUAAUAGGCGCAAAAGCACGUUUAGAACUUCGGAGAUGGGGCGCCGAUUUCCUAGCAGAGACGUUUGCCAGCCCCGCGCUGGCCCAACAACCGAAGCAGAAGCUGAGUACACUGGUGAUCCAGACAUUGUGGGAGCUGUUGGAGAACCCAGAUGAGGAUGCCAGUGUCGUAAGGGGUGUGAUUCAAACUGCUGCGAGUAUUUACCCAUUGGUGUUUAGAACUAUCCUUGAUAACCCCGACGAAUCUGCAUUGUGGGAGAAAAUGACAGGCAUUAAGCAAAAUAUUUUAAAGCGAUGGGACACUGCUUCAAAUAACAUCAAGGUUUGCUGUAUCAAAUUCGUCCAGAAGGUGGUGCAGGUCCAAACUACUGGCGUGAUUUCAGAUCCAAGGCGUCCUGAACAAAAUGAAACAUCCCUAUCAAUUGUGCCGAGAAAUCAUCCGCUUAUACCACUACCUAAUCUUGAAGCGGAAGCUUCUGGUUUGCUAGAUAGGCUACUCAACGUUUUCUAUGAAAAUUCGAGUGAUCCUAUCUUGGUCAACGCGACGCUAAAUUGCCUCCCUAUUCUGAUACGCACUCGACAGUCCAUUUCAAGUAAGAUUGUAAAUGCGAUUCUAAACUUCAACCCCCUUAAACAAGCGAACGCGCCAAUGACUCCUUCAAUUCGAGUAAAUAUCAAGUCCAUGGAACGGACCACGAGAGCAUUGCUCAUCAAUUUAAUGAAGAGGAACCCAAAUCAUCCUCUCGCGAGCCGUGUACAGCAAUAUUUGGAACGAUUGGCACAGUCGCGGAAUGACAUAUUCGAGGACGCAUCGAAGAAGCGAGCGCUACCGAGCGAGCCCACUGAUCUUGUAGACAGCGCAAAGCGUGCAAGACUUGGUGUGGACACUCCACCUCAAUUAAAGAUCCCUCCCAUGCCCCCUGGCCCAAAUUCUUUUGCUCAGCUCUUCACAUUGACCGAUGAUGUUGGUUUGACAUCCUUCGAUGUCAAGCAGCUCCCCGCGGAUUUAAUUGUCAAAAUCACCGUUCCAGUUCUUAGUCGAGUUGACCCUGAGGCGUUAGAUCAAGCUAUUGGUGCCGUUCGAUCCCGUUACCUCACAUUAUCCAAGAAACAAAUCUUCGAACGUCAGGCCUCGCAGUCUGCCGCUCCGUCAGCAGCAGCAGGAGUAGAAGAGGAAGAUGAGUAUGAACCAGAAUAUCAGCCAAUGGACAUUCCGGCUGCGACACAAGCGCCAGCGGGACCUUCCGCUGCUGAAAACGAAGAAUUCCAACCAGAUCUUGUCGCCCUUGGUCCUUUUGUACUCCCCCAGCCACCGCCAUUAUCAGGGUCAGAGGCCGCUGCAAUUGGUAAAGGAGCAAUUGAAAGGGUUUUUAGCAUGAUUUCCACCUUAGAGCAACCGUCAAAGGCACUCAAAGGCUCUCAGAAGCCAGGUUUCGGGAGACUGGCUGCCAGCUCAUUUGAUCGGGACUCUUGGCUAGUCCUACUCACUCGAAUGGCAACUCGAGCUUCGGCUGGCCUGGAGGUAGAUGAGACGGAUGAACUUAUUAAAACUGAAGGCGGCCGCCCAUCGUUGUCGAACCAACGUAUCAGCAUGGCAGACGGCAUCAGGGAAAUGUUAUAUCGAUAUGUCCUUGAAGAUUUUCGUGUUAGAAUCAACGUCGCAAUUUCUUGGAUGAACGAAGAGUGGUACAAUGACCAAAUACGACUGAAAUAUGCAACCUCAGAGAGAAAGAGUGAACAUAAUGUUAACGUUCCGAAACACUAUGACAAAUGGGUUAUGAGGCUACUAGAAGGCAUCUUGCCUUAUUUGGACGCGAGAGAUAAGGUCCUGAUUAGGUUUCUAAGUGAGAUACCAGAACUCAGCCCAAAGCUUGUGCAAAAGACGAAGACGUUAGCAAAUGACCCUGAACGUGUCACACUAUGCGUUCAGGCCCUUCACUACCUUGUCCUCGUGCGGCCUCCUGCAAGGAGUCUUUGCUUAGAUGCUCUCCAAGACCUCUAUACAAAAGUGGAAGAAGCACGCCCCCUCAUUACAAAAAUCCUUUUCAAAUGGCGACCCCAUGCCCUUCCAAAGCAAGACUCUACUUCAAAGCCCAACCCCACGUCGACGCAAUCUCCACCCACCGCCACAUCGUCUACUGAACAAGGCCAAAGCGCCCACCUCAAUCCCACCGCCGUGGCUGGGGAUAACACGUCAAAUGGUGUAAAGUCAGAGCCAGGAGCUGGCACCGUCGAUGUUCAAAACCAGCAUGUCAAAGCUGAGCCUGAAUCGAUGCCAAACUCAAUCCAGGGCAGCACACAGCAACAGGAGAUGAAAGCCUCGGACGAUAUGGGGGCUUCGUCAUCCACUGCCACCCCCGCACCGAGUUGAAACGCCGUCAUCGCCAGACAGCAUGAUGUAUGUGCAUUUAACUGGGGAAGGUCUCUGCUGUCUUCGCCUCGUGCUAUUCCCCGUUGUAUUACUGCUCCAUGGACAACUCAUUUCAUGAAAUGGAUGGCUGUAUGCAUUUAUCACUUAGACGAGACAUAUCCAGAGGGUAAUGCAUAUAGAUAUGCAAUUAUGAGGAUUUGGAAGUAAUUUGGAAGUGGAAUGACAACAAGAAUAGCUGCGAUUGGGCGGCAAACCUAGUCAAAGUCAAAUAUGGAGGUAUCUCGGCCAGAUUCUCCUGGGUUUGGAUUGAGCUGUGCAAUUAAUUGAAGGUCUCUGUUCCUUUCGCUUAUCAUCAAAGUAAUAGGUUACUAGACAUAAGGGGUAUAGUGUAGUUAUUUCUAUGGGGAAUCGAGGCGGAGAAUGAGAUGAGAAAAUAGUACUUAUAAUCCCUAAGAGAAAAGGGUUUGGAAAAUAUCAUUAGAAAAGCCUAGAACACAACAUAGGUAUCUAGUGAAGGGCAAAUAAAGUCAUAUAUAGGAGCAGGCCGUAGGCAUGAAUAUUAAAUGGAGUGAGUGGUCUUUCGAGACUCCUUGACGCGGACGAAGCGAACUUCUCGGAGGGAGCGAAGAGGCGAUAAAGAGGAUCCGUGGUAGAAACCAGCAUUAUUUAAAUUCCGUAGGCCCACGAGCUGGCCGGUGUGAUAAUACUGAAUCAGGUUAAUUUGUUUUCAUUUGCAGGCUGUGAUGCCUUCUGCUUCUGAACCCAUUCCAGGGUAUACUGCGUGCAAAAGAUGUAAGGAUCGUGCCCACUCCUCUGCCGUGCUGCAUAGCAACGCAUCAGAACUUCCUCUGCCUCACCAUACUUCUGCUCGAUCGCCAGCACCACACCGAGAUAAUCAUUCCAAUCCAAAAAGUCCGGGUCCGCGAUACCUCCACUCUCCGCUCUGAUAUUUAUCAUCUGGCUCAACACCUCAUUAGCCCUCUGCCACUUGCCCUGGCCCUUAUAGGCGAGCACGAUGUUCGUCAUGCUGCCUAGCGUGCUAAGAUGCGCGGGAUUCAUCUCCGAAAACUUCAUUCCGACAGUGUCAUUUAGUAUUGCUUCAGCUUCUCGAAACUUGCCUUGGCCACCCAAGACUGCCCCGAGGUUGUUCAUGUGGUAGAUGGUCGUGGGGUGCAUGUAACCUAGCUUCCGCUGAGCUUCGCGAUACAAAGGAGUGAUGAUGGCUUCAGCUUCUGCAAACCUCGAUUGCAUGAUCAUCUCUACCCCAGCGUCUUUCAACUUGGUAUUGGUCAUAUCUUUAGACCUCACGUCGCAUGUCCAGGGAUACCAAUUGAUCUGCUGAAUGAUGUGAUUCUGGAUGAAUUCUGUGCGGGCCGGUUCUGUCGUGGGAGGAGCAGAGACCGCACCGAAGGUGAUGAAUGCUGACUGGAUGGGAUGCACUAGGGUUAUGUCGAAUAGGGAUAUAUCGUACUUGUCAUGCAUAGUACAUGACUGCGGGUUUACGAUGCGCCUGCCACUAUCUGUCUGAGGCGGUGGCGGAGGUGGCCGCUCAUGCGGCUGUGGUAUUGGGCCGGAGGAUAUCGGCUUCAUAUCAAGCAUUUGGCUCGGGGGUAGCACAUAUGGCUCUUCUGCACAAUGUAAGCUGCUUAGAACACAUCCACGUUAUGAGUCCAAGAUCGACCCGCAAAGAUAAGAGGCUUUCUCUUGAUUGGGGGGCUGUAGGCAAGAUGAGAAGGAUGAAGGGCAUUCGAAACAAUAGCAGAAUCGAAUGAUCUAUCGCAUUAUUAAAGCUACUCACCAACAUUAACACUCUCCCCAGAUUGCUCCUUGCGGAAAAGCUUUCGUAGAACCAUUAUGAGAAUGUCUGCUGAUGAAGAAGUCGGUUGGACUGGAUUCGGAGAGACACUGGCAACGUUCACAAGAAAAAUGUCAAAUCUCAAGUUGGUUUCUAUCCAAUAAAUUUGGAUGAUUGUCAGUAAAUACCGAGGGAAGGUUUUCAUCGGAAACAGGCUGCGCCUGGAUAUUCAUAACGUCUUCACUGCAGACAAACCAUCGUUUUUGCUCAUGGGCACUACAUGCCCAGGAAACUGCCCCGCACAUCGCUGAUAACUAGGUGUGCGCCCUCGUAUUCAGCACUUAGUUCGUCUUGCAAAAAAGCAGGGCAUUGGCAGUGGUUGUGACGCAUCAUUGUGCAAGCAAAUCUUGACCUAAUCAACACUUCAUGCAUGGGAGUAGCUUUAGUCGUUUGAAACUGACCCCCGGACCCGUUGCGUUCGUUAUGAAGGCAUACCUUUCCGGCAGGGCAAACUGUUGCAGGUUCGCCAGCUGCGAACAACGUUAGCGCCAGAGAGAAGCUUGAGUGAAAGGGGGGGAAAACGGAAGUACGUACGUAAUUAAGAUCCUUGACAGAGCUCUUUAAAACAACUUCCUGGUAAUUUAAAGCGCAUAUUCCAUAGGCUCUUCUCGGCUUUCGUAUUGCAUCACAUUAAAAAUUCGUCGUAUCAAGCUUGUAAACGGUUGCCUGGUGCGGUGUUGGGCUUAGGAGAAAGGCCGACAUUUGUUGCAUAAUGCAUGUAAAUCAGAUCCAAAAUGUGCAGACAUAUAAGAUCAAGUGGCAUCCAUUUGAAAGAAACCAAAUGAAUAGGGAAGCUAGAUAAUUAGUGAUAAACAGUAAUAAAUAAAAGUUAUUAAGAAUGUUCC